AUAUCAUUGAUUUAUAUUUUUUUGUUAACAACCAUUUACCCCACGUCCAAAUGGCUACGUCAAUUUGUCCCUAUUCGCUCUAUAGUAGGGUGGCCACUGGUCAUACGACAUUUACCAGUUACCUACUACCUAACCUGAAUAUAAUACUAGUCGGUCUAGUCGUUAAAAAAACUUAUGCUUCAAUGUAUCGCUUGACUGCGAAAAUGUUAAUCUAUGUACUCGAAUUCGAUAUACUUCUUAUAACCGUAAGAUACAAGCACUUAGCACGAUGUAGAGAAGAUAUCUUCUCUGGAUACAAAAUACACAAUAUGGUACAAUAAUUGUAUCGAAGAUAUACGGUCCAACCCUAUUUACACCGAUACCUACUGUAAAUCAGACCCGUUACCUACUUCAUAAUUGUAUACUUUUUAUUAUCUAAGUUAAUAUUAUGCCCAUAAAAACCGACAACCGUAGAAAUGUAGAAUUAAGAUGAGUUUUUAAUUUAUAUAAACAGAUAGGUACAUGGUAUUGGUCGAAAACGUACACAGAUCAUAUAUAGUUGUAGGCUGUAGCUUAUAGGUAGACAAUACUAUUUAUUAAUAAAAUAUAAUAUUCAGUUGUCUUGACGACACAUGUCCACAUUUAUCAUAGCUUGUACGAAUAAAUGCGUUAAAAAAUAUAAUUUGUGUUAUAAUGGAUAGGUUACUAGGGAAAUAGAAUUGUCGAAAAUAUCGACCAAACCUAAAGUAUAAUCUUAUAAAAUUACAUAGAUUUAUUAUAAUUAAAUAAUCAUUUAAGUUAUACAGUAUAUACAGUAGUUAGGUGCAUAAUGGAUAUUAUAUCACAAAAUGAAGUUGAUUUUUUCAUUGAUCAUAUUAAGGAAUCAAAACUUAAUGAGCUUGGAUCAAAAAUAUGGUACGAUAGUCAUGAUCGUUUGCAAAAACUUAACCAACAAGCUACAUUGGAUGCUACUGAAGGUCGAGAAGAAUAUAUUAAGGAUCAGCUCAUCAGUUACGGAAAAGUUCCUAUUAUUGUGCAUGAAGCAAUUUGUGUAGCAAUUUGGAGAGAAAAAGUACUUCCAGAAGUACUGUGUAUAAUACCGAAUCCUACACAAUCAUUCACAUUAUAUUUUAUCGUAAGUUUUUAUUAUAAUAUGAUUGUUUAAUAUUAGGUAUAAUAUAUAAAAUAUGUACCAUUGUAUUUUGUAACUGCUAAACU